AUGGCAGUGAUACGGGGACUCCAUCGAAAGUCCAUCAGCUGGAUGUUUUUAUUGAUUGUGUCAACUCAACGCCUUGCCUUUCUUGAGACAAGUGAUAGAACAUUCAUGCCGGAUAGUUCCGGAUGGGGUUUAUGCCAAGAAAUGGACAUCCCCUUCCUCCCGGGCGGCAUCCAGCAAAGUCAGCCUUGCAUUCCCAAUGCCCAAUGGAGCACAAACCCCGUAGAAACCGUUGCAAGAAAACAUACCCAAUUACCGGCACACGAACAAAGGACCGGUAGUAAAUUGAUAGAGUGCUACUUUGAAGGCUCUUCUGUGCAAUCAUUUAACCGCAAACAGGUCGACAUGCAAUCUGCUCAAGGCGCCACACUUCAACAAACUUCACCCAACGAUUCCAUCGCCGUACGCCACCGUACACCUUCGAAUCAAUCAACGGUGCCGGUAAGAAACGGACCGCCCGGUAAUGAUGGAAGAAAGUUUCCUGGAAAUAAUGGUGAGUACUUUAUGGAACCGGCAACGGCAUGUAUCGAUGCUUCGGGGUGGCUUCAAAAUGGCCUCCGUUUCACUGCAGGAACGUCCGGCUGGAGGAUGCGCUCCGGUCACCGAGUGGCGUCAGCGUUGAAGUUGUGGAAUUGUGGCAUGGUACGGUGUACCGGUUACCAGUCGGUAAACGAUGCACACCGUGCCGAAGGGCUUUACCCGAGUGCAACCGAGAUGAUUGGCAAUGUCACGAAGAGAGGUGGGGCGCGUGGUGUUGCGCACCCAUCUGAAGAAGCCCGAGCACCGGAGGAAAACUUGAAAAGCUUUCAAAAUCACUUCAACUCACCGAUACCACUCGUCGACGAUUCCAUCUCGGAAGUGGAACGCAACGCCAUCCCUGCAACAGAUGGACAACGAUAUGGCGCAGCGUUCUCGUCGUGGGAAUCGCCCGAAGGAUAUUGGUUUCGGUACGAAAGAAUUGAUAAACGGAAACAAUCUGAAAAGCGGCCCGGUAUCAACUUUUUGGACAACUUUGAUGCGCUUGCUGUGUGGAACAUGUGUCCCAGGCCCGAGAUAAAGCUCUGCACAGUAAAUACCCUCGAGAGUCGUCCGGAUCGUAUAAUGGAGGUUGUAUUGUCAACGAACGAUAGUGCUCGUACCAACGGAACCGAUCAGCCGUCGAUGGAAGAGUAUGUACACUACAAUUGCAGCGAAGGUGGCUCGAACCGAGGGGAUCGCAUCGUAGGUGGAAGAAAUGCCGACUGGGACGAUGCUCCUUACCUCGUAUCGCUAAGAAAUCUCUACCACGAGCGGCGAUACGGCUUUGGAAGUGGGUUGUUUUGUGGUGGGUCUCUGAUUAGUGCCGACCGGGUGCUGACCGCAGCACACUGCUUCAAGACGAAAGCGUCCAACAUGGCCGUAGUGGCGGGCGUACUGAAUCGGUUCGAUCGAUCCGAACGGAUGCAGCAACGGCGGGUAUUCCGAUACCUGUCCCAUCCGGGCUGGAACUCAAGGACAAUGUACGCGGACAUUGGGCUCUUAUCCUUGCAAACUCCGUUCCGCAUCAGCGUUCCGUUCAGCUCCGGCAGCUUAAUGCCGAUCGAGCUGACGGCCCAAAGACCAAACGAUGGGGCGCGCUGUACCAUCUACGGCUGGGGCCGAACUCGCGAAGGUCCGAAACAGUUCCAGCCCGUCUGUCUGCAGAAGGCGGACGUAACGGUGCUGGAGCUGGAGCGCUGCAAUCGUUCCCUGCACACGGUUGUGCACGUUCCGGAUGGUACGCUCUGUGCCGGGAGCUUCGAUGGUGGAGUCGACGCCUGUCAGGGCGAUUCCGGUGGUCCGCUCGUCUGUGGCGGUGCACUUUAUGGAGUCGUUAGUUUCGGUUGGGGCUGCGGGAGAUCCCAUUUUCCCGGCGUGUACACCGAUGUGUUCGUGCACCGCCGGUGGAUUGAGGCAUCGGCGGACAGCGACCCACGGACGUGGAACGGUGGUACCGCACCGGCGUACGGUCGUCCGGGAUGGCGUACUGUGCUGGGUGUAAUAAUAAUGUUUAGCACCGUACUGCUGUCGUAA